GGCAGCGAGCUGGCCGGCUGGAACGCGUUUCAGCCCCUCCGACGCCGCCGAGGUAGCGGCUUCACCUUUAAGGCGGCGCGGGGACUGCUGGGAAGGCCGGCGGGAUGGAGGCAGCUAGACGAGCUCACGGUCGAGGAUCUGGGUGAAGCAGGACAGGAACAAGAGCCGGAGCGGGGCCAGAGCAGAAGGUGCAGGUCGGCGUGGGCCGGUUGGGCCGGGAGACCCGGUCAGGCCGGACGGUGAGGAGCGGUUGCAGGCCCCGGCGUCCGCCUGCCCCACCCCUUGCUUCCACAGACGGCACGACUAUGGCCACGAUGGUGCUUCCUCGAGAGGAGAAGCUGAGUCAGGACGAGAUAGUGCUGGGCACCAAGGCGGUUAUCCAGGGUUUAGAGACCCUGCGAGGGGAGCAUCGUGCCCUGCUAGCUCCCCUAGCUUCUCAUGAGGCAGGCGAGGCCGAGCCGGGCUCACAGGAGCGCUGCCUCCUCCUGCGCCGCUCCCUGGAGGCCAUCGAGCUGGGGCUUGGGGAGGCUCAGGUGAUCCUGGCAUUAUCAAGCCAUCUGGGGGCCGUGGAGUCAGAGAAGCAGAAGCUGCGGGCUCAGGUGCGGCGCCUGGUACAAGAGAACCAGUGGCUGCGUGAGGAGCUGGCAGGGACACAGCAGAAGCUGCAGCGCAGUGAACAGGCGGUGGCUCAGCUGGAGGAAGAGAAGCAGCACCUGCUAUUCAUGAGUCAGAUCCGAAAGCUGGAUGAGGAUGCGUCCCCAAAUGAGGAGAAGGGUGAUGUCCCCAAAGAUUCCCUGGAUGACCUGUUUCCCAAUGAAGAUGAACAGAGUCCAGCUCCUAGCCCUGGAGGAGGAGAUGUAGCUGCACAACAUGGAGGCUAUGAGAUCCCAGCACGGCUGCGGACCCUCCACAAUCUGGUAAUCCAGUAUGCUUCACAAGGCCGCUAUGAGGUGGCCGUGCCCUUAUGCAAGCAGGCACUGGAGGAUUUGGAGAAGACAUCGGGCCAUGACCACCCUGAUGUGGCCACCAUGCUGAACAUCCUGGCACUGGUUUAUCGGGACCAGAAUAAGUACAAGGAUGCUGCUCACCUGCUCAAUGAUGCUCUGGCUAUCCGGGAAAAGACACUGGGCAAGGACCACCCAGCUGUGGCUGCAACCCUCAACAAUCUGGCUGUUCUGUAUGGCAAACGGGGCAAGUACAAAGAGGCUGAGCCGCUGUGCAAGAGAGCACUGGAGAUCCGGGAAAAGGUCCUGGGCAAGUUUCAUCCAGAUGUGGCCAAGCAGCUCAGCAACCUGGCUUUGCUGUGCCAGAACCAGGGCAAAGCUGAGGAGGUGGAAUACUAUUACCGGAGAGCCCUGGAGAUCUAUGCCACGCGCCUUGGUCCUGAUGACCCCAAUGUGGCGAAGACCAAGAACAACCUGGCUUCCUGCUACCUGAAGCAGGGCAAGUACCAGGAUGCAGAGACUCUGUACAAGGAGAUCCUUACCCGUGCUCAUGAGAAGGAGUUUGGCUCAGUCAAUGGAGAGAACAAGCCCAUCUGGAUGCAUGCAGAGGAACGAGAGGAGAGCAAGGAUAAGCGCCGGGACAGCGCCCCCUAUGGGGAGUAUGGCAGCUGGUACAAAGCCUGUAAAGUUGACAGUCCCACAGUCAACACUACUCUGCGAAGCCUGGGUGCCCUGUACCGGCGCCAGGGCAAGCUGGAAGCUGCACACACACUGGAAGAUUGUGCCAGCCGCAGUCGCAAACAGGGCCUGGAUCCUGCCAGCCAGACCAAGGUGGUAGAACUGUUAAAAGAUGGUAGUGGUGGACGAGGACACCGCCGUGGCAGCAGAGAUGUGGCCGGGGGUGCUGGGCCUCCUUCUGAGUCUGACCUGGAGGAGUCAGGGCCUGCAGCUGAGUGGAGUGGGGAUGGCAGUGGCUCUCUGAGGCGCAGUGGCUCCUUUGGAAAGCUCCGGGAUGCCCUGAGACGCAGCAGUGAGAUGCUGGUGAGGAAGUUGCAGGGAGGCGGCCCACAGGAACCCCCUAAUUCUAGGAUGAAGAGGGCCAGCUCUCUCAAUUUCCUUAACAAGAGUGUGGAAGAGCCAGUCCAGCCUGGAGGCACGGGUCUUUCUGACAGCCGCACUUUGAGCUCCAGCUCCAUGGACCUCUCCCGAAGAAGCUCCCUCGUGGGCUAAAGCUGAAGGGGCAGCCAAUCACCAGAGCCUCCAUCUGACAUGAUCCCUUCCCCCAGCCCUGCGCAUGGGCCUGCUGCUUGUCCUGCCUGCCCCUCCCAAGGACACACCCAUCCCCCACCCCCCCACCUCCCCUCCCACCCACCCCACCCCGUCUUUUCUGUUCAAUCUCAGGGUAACUUCCUCCCUUGUCAUCUCAGCCUAGGCCCUGGAGGACGGGCCUGCUGGCUCCAGCUCUGCUCCGUAUUUAUUCCUUCCCAGCAGGGGGCCUCUGUUUCCCUAAAUUCAGGGCCUGUGGGAGUGGUGGCCUGCCUGCCCAGCCCCCAAAGCCAAGAACACUAAGUCCUUGCCGUCCCCUCUGCACCUUUGCCCUCCCGGCCGUUGCUUCUGUAUAUAGAGAAAUAAGUUAUUGGCCAUGUCAUCCUCUCAGCCCUCCUCCCCUCAGUCCACGGUAUUCCCGGGCCAAUACCUGCCUCUCUCUUAUCCAGUGGUACCGCCCAGGCCUUAAAUCACCCCGUUCCCAGUGGUGGUAUCUCCCAAGCUCCAAGUUCUGGGACCAGAGCCUCCCAAAAGGGUUCCCUAGACCUGCCUGGUCUUGGAGGGAUUAGUUCUACUCCACCUUGCAAAUGCCGGAACCUCUCGCCACGGGGCCCUGUGCUGCCUCCAGGACUUAAUGCACGGGCCUUCUCACCCAGCCCCGCCCAGGCAUGGCCUGUCCCUACCCUGGGCACAGCCCGUUGAGCCAUCCUGCCACGCCUCCCUUGCCUCAGCUUCUGAUGUCCCCCUCCCCACACACACAGUAGGAUGGGGCUACCCCAUCUGUUGGGUAAGGCAGUCGCUCUCUAUUUUCAGAUGUUGCUGUAGAAAUAAAGACGAUUUGAAUCUGAA